UUUUUUGGUUGAAUGAGAUCCCAUUGUAUGGAUAUACCAUAUAUAGUUUAUCCUUUCAUCUGUGGAUAGAAGUAACCUGUAUUUUUAACAAAUACCCCCAGACAACUCGGAUGCUUUGGUGUCCACAGAUCAGCUUGCAAAACACUUGUAUACAUGAAGACAAGACUAGAUAGUGGAGUCAGCCAGAGGUGGGUGGAACGACCCAGCUCUGCCACUCUUUGGUGGUGUCAUCUGGGGCAGCUUCCAUUAUCUCUCUGAGUCCCAAUCCCAACUUACAAAUGGAAAUUGUUACAGGGAUCAGGGGGUCGUUUUCCUGGAUGAGAUCUGGGUUGAAAGCCUGUAGUCCAGACACUGGUAACAGAGAGGCAGGAAACUUACCAAGUUACUUACUCUUCUCCACCUCACAAGACUGUCCCCGCUCACUGGAGAUCACAGCACUGUGGUUUGCAGCCACUGGUCUGUGGGUGCCUGCGUUUGACCGCAGAUGGGGGCCUCCAGCCUUCCCCUGCUCUAACUUCCUCUAUCCCAGAACGCACAAGCACGCUCCAUCAAUUGCACACCGUCUGUACUGCACACUACCCUUUGUUGACAGAUUCUCCAAGCUUCCCAUUAUGCCAAGGUCCUCCCAAUGGCCCAGGGAGGUCUUUUCACCCACUCUGGAGAGACAAGAAAGGUGGGAUCCAGAUGAAGUUGAUCCUGUGUAGUUUCUAGUUUCGUCCUCUCACGUCAUGAUGGUGUUUGUUCUCCUUGUCUGCAGGUGGUCAGGGUGGAGAAGGAGGUGCAGAGAGAGGCGGUGGCUUGCCCAAGGCCACCAGCCAGAGUGGUCUGAGCUAGACUGGAGCCCAGGAGUGGUUGACCCCAGAGCAUGGGCUCCUACCUGCUCCCACCUGGCUGACCCCUCAGAUGAGAGUGGAGGUGGCCACAGAUGGUGAAGGGUUCCCCGUGAUCACCAGCGCCAGGCACGGAGGCUUUCAGCUGCUGCUGGCUCAGGAACAGCUAAAACUGCCCCACAUUCUGGUGUGCCAGGCAGGCUCUCUCUCCUAAUCCUAUUGGUGACCCUGUGAGGGAUAUUCCCGUAUUACGUUAGGAAAGCCAGGCUCCAGGGAAUGAAAUGGCUCUUUGCCAAAAAUAUACAAGUAACUUUUUGGGGGCCCCAGAAGUCCAGGACCCUAGUUCUGCCCUCUGGAUCCUCAUCCUUGGAGACAUUUUCCAAUUCAGGCUGUCGAAUUCCUUCCUUACAGACCUUCAGAUCCUGGUCUGCGGCGGAAGCAGACCCAAGACUCAGGAUGGACUACGGAGACUUCCGGAAGGGAGGGGAGGAGGCAGAGAGCCAAGACCAUGUGUGAAAGUAACCCAGGACUCAACAUUUUCCAUCAGACUUAGAAGUUCUCCCGCCACGGACAGACGGACAGACGCCGGGCUCGAGCCGGCAGGAGAGAGCGCGGCGGGCCCCACAGCCAUGAGCCAGCAGGACGCGCCCAAGCCCAGCCCCGCCGCCCGCCGCUGCUCGGGCCUGGCCCGGCGCCUGGGGACCAUCGCCUUCGCCCUCCUCAUCCUGGGUCUCAUGACCUGGGCCUACGCCGCCGGCGUGCCGCUGGCCUCCGAUCGCUACGGCCUCCUGGCCUUCGGCCUCUACGGGGCCUUCCUCUCGGCGCACCUGCUGGCGCAGAGCCUCUUCGCGUACAUGGAGCACCGGCGGGUGGCGGUGGCGGCGCGGCGGGCGGCGGCGCAGGGUCCCCCGGACGCGGCCAGGGCGCGCAGCGUGGCGCUGACCAUCUCGGCGUACCAGGAGGACCCCGCGUACCUGCGCCAGUGCCUGGCGUCCGUCCGCGCCCUGUGCUACCCGCGCGCGCGCCUCCGCGUGCUCAUGGUGGUGGACGGCCACCGCGCCGAGGACCUCUACAUGGUCGACAUGUUCCGCGAGGUCUUCGCCGACGAGGACCCCGCCACCUACGUGUGGGACGGCAACUACCAUCAGCCCUGGGAACCGGCGGCGGCGGGCGCGGCGGGCGCCUACCGCGAGGUGGAGGCGGAGGAUCCCGGGCGCCUGGCGGUGGAGGCGCUGGUGAGGACGCGCAGGUGCGUGUGCGUGGCCCAGCGCUGGGGCGGCAAGCGCGAGGUCAUGUACACGGCCUUCAAGGCGCUCGGCGACUCGGUGGACUACGUGCAGGUCUGUGACUCAGACACAAGGCUUGACCCCAUGGCGCUCCUGGAGCUGGUGCGGGUGCUGGAUGCAGACCCCCGUGUUGGGGCUGUUGGUGGGGAUGUGCGUAUCCUUAACCCCUUGGACUCCUGGGUCAGCUUCCUGAGCAGUCUGCGGUACUGGGUGGCCUUCAACGUGGAGCGGGCUUGUCAGAGCUACUUCCACUGUGUGUCCUGCAUUAGCGGUCCCCUUGGCCUAUACCGGAACAACCUCCUGCAGCAGUUCCUCGAGGCCUGGUACAACCAGAAGUUCCUGGGCACCCACUGCACCUUUGGGGACGACCGGCACCUCACCAACCGCAUGCUCAGCAUGGGCUACGCCACCAAGUACACCCCUCGCUCCCGCUGCUACUCGGAGACGCCCUCGUCCUUCCUGCGCUGGCUGAGCCAACAGACGCGCUGGUCCAAGUCCUACUUCCGCGAGUGGCUGUACAACGCGCUGUGGUGGCACCGGCACCACGCCUGGAUGACCUACGAGGCGGUGGUCUCGGGCCUCUUCCCCUUCUUCGUGGCGGCCACGGUGCUGCGGCUCUUCUACGCCGGCCGGCCCUGGGCGCUGCUGUGGGUGCUGCUGUGCGUGCAGGGCGUGGCGCUGGCCAAGGCGGCCUUCGCGGCCUGGCUGCGGGGCUGUGCGCGCAUGGUGCUGCUGUCGCUCUACGCGCCCCUGUACAUGUGCGGCCUGCUGCCCGCCAAGUUCCUGGCGCUGGCCACCAUGAACCAGAGCGGCUGGGGCACCUCGGGCCGCCGGAAGCUGGCCGCCAACUACGUCCCUGUGCUGCCGCUGGCCCUCUGGGCCUUGCUGCUCCUCGGGGGCCUGGUGCGCAGCGUGGUGAGCGAGGCCGCGGCCGACUGGAGCGGCCCGUCCCGUGCGGCCGAGGCAGAGCACCUGGCGGCCGGGGCCUGCGCCUACGCCGCCUACUGGGCGGUGAUGUUGGCGCUGUACUGGGUGGGCGUGCGGAGGCUCUGCCGGCGGCGGUCGGGGGGAUACCGCGUUCAGGUGUGAGUCUAGGGACGCGGGAGGCACCUGCGAGGAGGGGCUGCGAGCGUGUGGCGUGGUUCUCUGGCCCUUACGUUUUUUUCCUCCUCUGUGAAAUGAGCGGGUGGCCCGAAGAUUCUCAAGUCUGGACUCUGUGGGGCUGGAAGUUCUUGGUCUUUCGGGAGGGGUAUUUAUUGAUCACGGUGUGGGUUUUUUUUUUUGGGGGGGGCAGGUGGAAGAGGGCCCCCCACGUUGUCCUUGUUCUUAUUUAAUUUCCAUUUGCACUGUGUGAUCAGGACAUAAUAAAGAGUUUUAUUUAUUUUCUUCUGAGCCCCCCCUUUUUUUUGAAUGGAGGGGGCUGUACAAUAGAGAAUUUGGGACUCUCAGCUGUCUUGGGUGCUAGCUGCUUGACUCUGGACAAGACGCUCUAUCUCAGAGCCUCAGUUCCCACUGAGGAAAUGGGAAAUAUUAAUCACAUAUGGGCCAGGCAUGUGCGGGUAAGAACUCAGCUCCUCAUUUAUCCCACCUCUCUGUCAUCCCACUCACCUACAUCUGUGCCCACCACACCACCUUCCACAAUGGCCUGUCAGUGCUCCAAGCUAACGCCCCCACUUUCACUUGGGCCCUAGACCCCACCCCUGCCAAGUACUCCAAGACCUACGUCCAUCCGUUCUUCCUCCCCUGCU